AUGAGGUUCUCCAACCUCUAUGUGCUCUUCAUGAGUGCCCUGCUGCUCGCCUAUACUGACCUCGUCUCAAGUCUCAGUGACUCAGAGAUUACAACACCUGACGCCCAGGAGAACGAGGCUACCAAGGAACUACCGACGGAUCAUUUGCUCAGUGGCAAAGAGUUCGAGGAUCGCUUACUGGGAGGAGACGCCGCAGUAGGCAAGCUCGUACAGCCCCUUACCGAGGCGUUUGAUGUGCUCAAAGCAGGCGCACUUGUCACGAACGGACAUGUGGACCAACGAUAUCGCCCCCUUGCUGCUGACGUUGUCGAGAAAUACAAGCAUCAUCGAAGUCAACCCAUCACUGAUCGACAGAAGGCAUCGCUCAGAGUUCAUCGAGCUUUUGGUCCAUCGCCUGACUUCAUUUGGAAAGCCCAUGCUCUGCGUACGAAGACAGAACGAAGUCUGGGUCGUUACAGGAGUGCAGUCCGCAUCUCGAUGGCAAAGCGUUCGGUAAAGGCAAGUAAGUUGGCGGAACAGUUGGAACAAAUGCAGUUCUACAGCUGGUACAUGAACUUCGGAACCGAUCGGGAGAAGCUCCUAAAGGCACUAGGACAAGAUCCCGCGCACAUGGUGCAUUCUAUCAACAAGGGACGAUUGGAAGCUAUUCUAGCUGACUACGAUAAGUUCUGUAACGACAUGGUCUCGGCUGGCCGCCUUCAGAAGAAGAGUAACGAAUAA